UCUCGGAAGCUGCAAAUACCUUAACAACAUACAUUACUCGUGCACAAUUCCCUUUACAGCCUUAAUCGCCGCCCACCAUCGCCUCCUCUCCGAUAAUUUAAGAAUAUAAGGAGACGUGUACGAUCGAACGAGCAAGCAGGCGUUGCGUUGCGGAAGAAAAUUAUUCUGGGUUUGGAAAGUACUAGCCUUUGGAGUGAAUCAAUCGCCGCCGCGGAGAGAUGGGUUCGUCGGAGAUUGUGGAUUCCGGGAGACCCUCCGCCCAGAAAUCCAACUUCUCUCACACGUGUACUCUGCUCAGCCAGUAUUUGAAGGAAAAGGGCUCUUUUGGUGAUCUCAGUCUCGGAAUUUCCCGCAAUUUUGAAGCUUCUGGGACAGCAGCACAGACAAUGAAUCUGUUGCCCAUGAUUGAGAAAUCGGGUCAGAAUUCUGGACCCAAACCCGGGAACUUGCUCCCUAACUUUACCAAAGAAGAGACCACUAAGAAGACUGAUUCAAGUGUGGCAAAGGCAGAGACUGAGAAGUCACAGAUGACAAUUUUCUAUGGUGGUCAGGUGCUUGUGUUCAAUGAUUUUCCAGCAGAGAAGGUUAAGGAAAUUAUGGUUUUGGCCAAAGGAGGAAACACCACACACAACCCCCCCAACAUCUUUUCUUACAACAACAAUAAUACUCCCACCUUGGUGUCUCCAAAACCUGCUGAAUCUUCAGCUACCAAUAUGGUCACUCCCCCUGCUGUUCCUAAGGUUGUCCCAAAUCUUGGCAACCAGAAACCCAUCACUUCUGACUUGCCAAUUGCCAGGAGGCAUUCCCUAGCCAGGUUCUUGGAGAAGAGAAAAGACAGGGUUACUUCGAAGGCGCCAUACCCGAUAGGGAACGCCAUGGCGGGUUCAUCUAAGCCCGAAGAGAGCAACAAGAAGGCAUGGCUGGGACUAGGUGCCCAGAUUCCAGUGAAGAUUGAGCAUCAGUCAUAAUAACUAUUUUGUGCUUUGAUCAAUUACUACUAGCUUGGUAGUAAAGAUUUAGCAGCAACUGUUUUGUGCUUCAAAGUGUUAUUUAGAUCUAACUAUAUAUUUAUAUUUCUAAUAUAUAUUUUGCCAAAUUGCUAGGUUUUGUAAUUAAUCUAGAGACUUCUUAUUCUCAGACUAUAUGGAUCUGCUUUAAUUUGUCCUAUUGUUCUUAUACAACAAUCAUUAUUGUUUCAUGUGUAUUUGAUUGUAUUGUUUUGAAUGAAUGUUUUUGUUGUAUGCAAAA